ACUUGACAUUAGGUACAUUAUUGAUCCCGAGUUGGUGUUCAAUAAAAACUGUUUCGGAAUUCUUGGUUUUAUUAAUCUGCUCAUAUAAAUUAUAUUCUGUAUUUGAUCAUUAGGGAUAUUUUUAAUUGAUUAUGUGAAUCUGUGAAUAACCCAAUUUCAAGUAUCGUUACUACUGGUCAAAUUACUAGAAAGCAGCAGCAGUCAAUUAAAUUCUGCAGAAUGUCUACUCGCAACAUGAGAAAACUCUUUGGGACAACAACUCUUCCACCACCUGAUGAUGAAAACUCUGAUGAUGAUUUCGUACCACUAUAUACAAGAAAGGAAUCUUCCAGUGCGGCUUAUGCAGUUUUGGAAGUCAAUUCCACAUCAGAACCAGAAGUAGAACCAGACAGUAAGCAAGAAGAAGUUGAAGUUGAGCAUCUUCAGCAAGAAAAAAAGAAGAAGAAGAACAACAGGAAAAAGAGGAAGGGGAAAGCAGCUACAAAUACAUUUGAUAUGGAUGAAAUUGAUAGAUCAGUUCGAGAGGUAAAUGCAUUGCUUGGGGAACCGAUACCAGUUGUACAGAUACCUGUAAAGAAAGUUAACCCCGAAGCUACACUAUUUGCCGUUCAGCAGAAACAUCUUGAUGCUAAUAAUGAACUGCGCAGAAUAUUUGGUCCGGAAUCAGAGGAGGAAGAAAGACGGCGUCAGCGGCAGCAUAAUGUUAAACACCAGAAAAAUAUUGUCAUUCCCAAGGCCUACACUUUCAAUAAAUUGGGCCUUUCCAUGUCGAUAAAGAACCGCGAAAGCGAUAUUACCUACUUCACGUUUGAUCAUAACAAGGAAUACAGGAAGAUGUAUCAAACAUUCUUGGAUAAUGUUGCAGGUUUGAGGGCUGCUGGUGUAAUGCCUCCAUUAGAGGAUUUAUUGAAAACCAUGCAUGUUGAAGCUCUUUUGGAGUCGGCUGAUAUUUUCUUCCGCAUGGAGAAUUACAAUUUGGCGAAUGAUAUAAUCGAGCAAUGCAUCGCAUACUUGCAGUAUGUUGCCCACCCCUGCUUCACUCUCACUGGUAGACGAUGUCGUCUAGAGUACAAAUACAUAGAGAAUCGUCCGUUCCACGUCGCCCUGCUGAAAUAUCUACAUCUGUUAACGAACAGAGCCUGUCACCGAACCGCUCUGGAGAUAGCCAAAGCUCUUCUGAAUUUGGAUCCCAGCGAUCCCUUGGCGGUGAUCUUCAUAAUAGAUACGUUAGCGUUGCGAGCCCGGGAGCACAAGUGGUUGAACGAGGCAGUGGAGUAUUGGAACACCACUAGGGAGGGGGAGUAUCUGUUCAACCUGCAGUUCUCCCGAGCCAUGUGCUGCUUCCACCUGUCUAAGUCAAAGAAUAAAGAGUGUAAGUUAAAAGCGAACAAAAUAUUGAAGGAUUGUAUGUUGAAGUUCCCCUUCGUUUUGAUGAAGAUCCUGCAGUGCAGCAACCAAAGUCUGUCCGCGCAGCUAAAGAACAGCUAUUUGUUUAAUGGCUUUGCAGCACAGAAUACGCCAAAAUCACUACAAGACCUAAUGUCAUUAUACGCAAAGUUCACUUGGUCCCGCUGGCGGGAACCACCUGUAAUGGAAUGGCUGCUAAAGAAUGCCACAGAACUAUCUAUUAAGUAUGAUACUGAUGUGAGGGAACAGACUAUAGCGUUGAAAGAGGUACAGAAACAGUUAUCGGUACUCCAGAAGUGGCCAGUCGAGGUCGUGAGGCACCUAUGCGUUAUCACACCGAUGUCAGAAUUGCUCGUUGAUGGCGCGGUGCCAGAGGUGCCGGCGUACCUGAGCGCGGACCCGGUGCCGCCCACCGAGAACAACAUCAACCGCUACGGCUACCAGCAGCAGCGGCAGGUCAACCGGCAGUUCCUGCUCGAGUUCCUUCGCACGCUGCAGCCGUUCUUCGACGACAACGACACAAUGUUUCAUAGCAAUCCUACAUCGAUAUUUUGUAUUAUAGCAACGGAAUUUUGUGAAAGAUUCUCAUUUUGCGGCCUACGAACUAUAUUAUCCUUAUACUUACGAAACGUCCUGUGCCUUCAUGAAAAUGCCGCCACUGUUGUAUAUCACAUUUUUAUAAUGAUGUGCUAUACGAUGCCUCUGGUGGGAGCGAUAUUAGCUGAUAAUUUUAUUGGAAGAUAUAAAGUUAUAUUGUAUUUCUCCAUUAUAUACCUCUUCGGAACAAUAUUGACGUGUUGUUCUGCGAUACCUCCUCUCAUGCUGCCACCCACAACUACAUCAAUGAUCGGCUUAGCAUUGAUUGCUACUGGAACAGGCGGCAUUAAGCCGUGUGUAGCGGCAUUUGGUGGAGAUCAGUUCCGUUUGCCCGAAGAAAACCAGCGUCUGCAGCGUUUCUUCUCCACGUUCUACUGUACGGUGAACCUGGGUGGUUUCAUGGGCACCAUAGUUACACCGACCCUACGCCGCAGCGUCAUGUGUUUCGGCGACGAUACCUGUUACGCGCUUGGAUUCGGCUUUCCUUCGCUCCUUGUUCUAAUUUCUAUUGUGACUUUUAUUGCGGGAAAACCAUGGUACAGAAUAAAAAAGCCACGUGACACUAUCACUCUCAAGUUUGUGGCGUGUGCUUGGUACGCUUUCAAAAAAAGGAUACGGCAUGAUAUCAAUGUGGAUGGUCCGCCAUGUCACCAUUGGCUUGAUUACGCCAUUCAUAAAUACGGAGAUAAACUGGUGUCUGAUAUGAAAGUCGUAUGCUCCAUACUGUACCUCUACCUCCCGGUCCCGAUAUUUUGGUCCCUUUUUGAUCAGCAGGGAUCUCGAUGGACCUUCCAAGCUUCGAGGCUGCGGAGUGAAAUAUUCGGUGUGACGUUGAUGCCAGACCAGCUGCAAGUAAUGAAUCCGGCGAUGGUGCUCCUUAUGAUACCAGUCUGUCCGGGAGGCGCCUGGCCAGUGCUACCUGACCUUCCGCCACUGCAUAAGAUGUUUAUAGGCGGAAUUCUUGCAGCAAUGGCGUUUGUUUCCGCUGGUAUCCUGCAGAUCGGGAUUGAGCGAUCCACUCUACAAGCCCCAUCUCACGAUCAAACGGGACUUGUGCUAUUGAAUACAUUGUCAUGUCCCGUGGAAGUGGGUGUGAGGGGGGAAGGUAUAGCGCACAUUGAGGAGCAAGGCACGGCACUCAUGACUUCUUUAGUGCAUCAAACUUAUCUCACGUCGGCCAGCAGUACGGUAGUAUGUGCUGGACGAAUCAUGAAGCGCCAUUUGGUUACUGCGCGAAUAAACACUGUGGGCGGAAUGUUUAUGCCAAUUAUCAUAGGACAAAACUCUGAUGAUGAGAUCUCUUUUUAUUUCAUGGAUCCGAAUCCUUUUAUGAAGUCAUUAACAGGAAAACCAAAACUGAAGGUGGUAUACAUUGGUGACACGGGGCCGAAUAAAAAUGUUUCAAUAACUGUGGAAACCGAUAAACAAUUGAGCGAUAUUUACUACGUAUCGAAUGCACCGAUCGACCACAUCGGCGAAUCAGCUUACAUGUGUUUACAGCCAGGGAGAUUUCGAUGGCGAGCUAGCAGCGCAGGCGGCGAAGUGUCCGGCUCAGGGGAGGGCUACCUCAGGGCUGGCGGGGUGUACGUGCUCUGUUUGCGAGAGAGGCUGGGUCGACUCGACACAGCGGUACUCCAUUCCCCCAACCCUCCCAAUGAGCUACAUCUAGCGUGGAUCGUACCCCAGUACUUCCUGAUAUCAGUCGCGGAGAUAAUGUUCGCUGUAUCGGGUCUGGAGUUCUCGUUUACGCAGGCUCCAAAAAGUAUGAAAACCAUAACGAUAGCUGCGUGGUAUGUGUCGGUGGCGAUCGGAAAUCUCAUUGUUAUAUUAGUGGCACAAACUAAGAUAUUUGAAUCACGAGCUACAGAGUUUUUCGUCUACGCCGCUGUAUUGACAAUCGCAAUGCUCGUGUUUUUAAAAAUGGCCCAAGGCUAUUGUACUCGAACAAUGGAGGGUGAUGGUUCAUCGACUGAGAGCCACCCUUUGCUACGUCAUCAUUCUAGGGUUAUAUCCGUCCAUUCGUUAUCUACGAGUACUCGGCCAAGGACGUACAGCGGGCCCGCAAGUAGUGCAGCGUCUUGUAUGGGUCUCAUGGAAAGGGCGAGGCCCGCUGCGUGGCCAACUAACGCCUUUGUCCAUCUUGCAACACCAAGCUCGAGUGAUGUGAAAGCCACUACAUUGGCUAAGGACUGA